AUGUCAUCAUAUUUUCUUUUAUUAUUGUUUAUUAUUAUGAACAAUUUAUCUUAUGUUAAACUUCGAAUUCAUGGAGUUAUGUUAACAAAUAUGGCAUGUAUAAAUAUUCCAUUAGCAAAUUUAUCAUCUCGAAAUGAUGACAAAUCUAUUCAAUUAAAAAUACGAUCUACUUAUACAGUUAAUGAUAAAUCAGUUAAUAUUAUAACUGAUAAUUAUGGUUCAAUUUUACAAGCACAGCCAAUGCUUUUAAUCUAUUUAAAUGAUUAUAGAAAUGAAAAUCAUGCAUCACCUGCUGCUUAUAUAUUUUAUUUUAAAUUAUUUACAUUUUUACAAUAUCCAAUGUUAAAAUUUCAUUAUUUUCAUUCAUUUCAUUCUGAAGUAAAUAUUAAUUUUGAAUGA